GCUCCUCCCGAGGACGUGAGGGUUGAGGAUGCUAGUGAACCCUCGGCCCCUGCGCGGGCAUCCCCGGGUACCGAUCACCCGGUUACGUCCCCCCCAUCUUCCUCGACUUGGGGGCAGCUGCCGGACGACAUCCCGAUGAUGGGAGGUAGCUUCGAGACCUUUUUUGAUGGGGUACCCUCCGCCAACACUUUCGGGCUCGAAAUCCCCCGGAAAGACCUUCAGGCCGACUCAAGUGGGACUUCGGCCGUCAACAAGCUUGUUGAUAGGUUUCCAGCUCCGAGCCUGGACCCGGACUGUAACAGGAUAGUAACUUUUGCUAUCCCCAAAGACGUCCGGGCUCUGGGGCCCCCGGUCGGGGUUGCAAGCUAUCUUCAUCACCUGAUGGCGGAGGAAGACCGGGCUGCAACCGAGGCUGUAGAUUGGACAUGCCUUUUCAACGAAGCCCAGCAGGCGCAGCUCAAGGCAUCGGUGCUAUAUCACUCGAUGUUCCUCCGAAUCAAGGACAAAAUGGAGGCGGAGCGAGAAGGGCGCCGGGUCCUUGAAGAGAAGCUGCUAGAAAGCCGGACCGGAUUGGACCUUUUGAAUAAAGAGCACGCGUCCUGUGCUAUCCGGCUGGAGGAAGCAAAGAAAGAGCUUGGUU